CCCUUCAGAAUUCUGCAGUGGCAUCCCUUAUUCCCAUUCCAGUGGUGAGUUUGCCGAACCGGGAUAACCGUAUCCCCAUUCAGAAAAUACAAUGUUCUCGCUAAGACUCCCUAUUCCUCUCGUUAAAACGCCACCCUCUUUCUCUUCUUAUUCUCCUUAUUAUCACUGUCCUUUCCAUCACCCUUCCCAAACGCGGGGGCUUAUCGUCUCCAAGCGCGGCUCCGCCACCGCCAAGUGCCACGCUGACGUGACACUUCGCCAUGACAGAGUCUCAUUCGCCGGAGAGUCGCCGGAUCCAUUUCCGGCGGAACUCGCGGCGGAGAUGAUGCCGAAGCACGUGGCGGUUAUAAUGGACGGGAACGGGAGGUGGGCGAAGGUGAAGGGGCUGCCGCCGUCGGCGGGGCAUCAGGCGGGGGUGCAGUCGCUGAGGAGAAUGGUGAGGCUGUGUAGCAGUUGGGGAAUUAAGGUUCUCACGGUUUUCGCGUUCUCCACCGAUAACUGGGUUCGACCCAAGUUGGAGGUUGAUUUCUUGAUGAGGCUGUUUGAGACAACAAUAAACUCUGAAGUUCAAGCUUUUAAGAGGGAAGGAAUUCAAAUAUCUGUGAUUGGAGAUUCAUCAAAGUUGCCUGAGUCUUUAAAAAGAAUGAUAGUUAGUGUAGAAGAGGAUACAAAACAUAAUUCGAGACUUCAACUUAUUGUGGCAUUGAGCUACAGUGGCAAAUAUGAUGUUGUGCAAGCAUGUAAAAGUGUAGCCAAGAAAGUCAAAGAUGAUCAUCUUCACUUGGAUGACAUCAAUGAAAACAUUAUUGAACAAGAAUUAGAAACUAAUUGUACUGAGUUUCCUUACCCUGAUCUACUAAUACGGACUAGUGGCGAGCUUAGAGUGAGUAACUUUUUGUUGUGGCAAUUAGCCUACACAGAACUUUAUUUCAACCAGAAACUCUGGCCAGAUUUUGGGAAGGAUGAAUUUGUAGAUGCAUUAAGUUCAUUUCAGCAAAGAAAAAGACGCUAUGGUGGUCGACAUGCAUAAACAUUUAUUUGUUAUAGGCAUAAGAAAGUAACAUGGAAAGAUAGUUUUUUUUUUUUUUUGUUAUAUUGAUCAACAAACUUGUUAAUAGCAUUUGGAGAAAAGAUAAAUGAUAUUAUAGAGUUACUAUAUUCUUAUAAUAUUGUUUUAUAAUUUCCCUUUUCUUCAUUUCUCUUACUCAAUUUUAUGUUU